AUACUGCUCCUUUUUAUGCCCAGUCCCGUGUCUUGCUGGUUUUGAAUGGUUAGUUUGUGGGUGGAAUUUUGCCAUGUCGUUAUUCCUGCGUCAGUGGAGAAUUUGUGUAAAGACUCACCGUUAAUAGGAGGCCAAGGAACCUUAAUUAGAAAUGGCGAUUUCUUUGCUAGAUUUUGUUAUGCCAAACGGGGGCGGGAAUAGCACUUUAGGUGUAAGAUCCACCGAAGCUAAUGAGUGGAGGUAUAUGUAUUAACAGGGCAUCGUUGCGGAGCUUGAACUGGCUUUGCUAGGUCCUUGAUCCGGCAAAGCCACCGGAGCUAGGAGACAUGGCUAUAGAAGUGGGGAUCAAUGGAAGUAGAAUAAUAUUCAGAUACCUUGAGCUGAUAGGUUUCGGGUUCCCAUUGAGAAACUUGGAAUGAUGAUUAGUUUCUAUUUUUCUUUAGGUCAGCUUCAAUCCAAUUGCUGAAGCAGUUUUAUUUGAUAUAAUGGUGAUCAAUUGUCCAAUUACCUUUUGUGCAGUCCCUGACACCUGAAUCCUUCAUAGAUCACUUAUACCUUCAGCCCAACAUAAACCGGCAACCAUCGUAUUGCCACCAAUUGAUGAACAGCUUAGAAACCAAGAAUUUCCUGCACUAGGCUCCAAUUGCAAACUCACCCAGACUUGAUGAGCAUUUGUUGGGUCUGCUAAAGGUUUUAUUCCAUCCGAUCGCUUGAUUAGCAGAAAUGCAAACUAUAUGAGCCUUGUGAGUCUGCCUUACAAUCUCUACCAUCUCUGCAAAAAAAUAGAUAUUUUUCCACUAAACCAUUUCUUUUAGCACAAGGAAACCCAAAUUUGUAGAAACAAAACAUAAGGGUUCUGAGGUCUUGAUACAAAAGCUUCUCGAGUAAGAACAGCAGAGGUUUCACUCAAACUAAACCCCAUGACCUAGCACCUAGCAGAACGGAGCGAAUAUAAAGUUGCCACUAAAGUGCCUAGCUUGUGUGGUACUCAACUUUCGAGAACUUAUAUUCUAAGAUAUGCAGCUCUCCUACGUGUUCUUAAGAAAGUAACGAUUCAAUCCUCUUGGAUAGAAAACAGAAUACAUGCACAUAGUUCCAGAUGAGACUACCACGGAUGUAGAACUGUAGUUUUAUGGGUUUGUUUUUUGGCCAUCUAUAAUCAUUUGUUCAUUCUUUAUUUGAAAUGUAUAAUUCCAUCCUUGUGGAGCAAGGUUAGCCGCAUUAAAUUUUUCCGUCGAAUCUGUUUAUAUAUCUAACGCUCUUUUGUUUGCGACCUCUGAAGAUUGUUGCUGGAGUGAAAUUAAUCUAGGUGCUGGUGGGAAUGGCAAGUACAGCAUGCUUUGUGAUUGUCAGUAAGAAUGACAUACCAAUAUAUGAGGCAGAAGUUGGAUCUGCACCAAAAAAAGAAGAUCUGUCUUAUCACCACCAGUUUAUCCUGCAUGCCGCGUUAGAUGUUGUUCAGGACCUAGCAUGGACCACAAAUGCAAUGUUCCUGAAGUCUGUUGAUAGAUUCAAUGACCUUGUGGUGUCUGUUUAUGUAACUGCAGGUCAUACCAGAUUCAUGUUGCUUCAUGACUCACGUAGUGAAGAUGGAAUAAAAAGCUUUUUUCAGGAGGUCCAUGAACUUUACAUCAAGAUAUUCCUCAACCCGCUUUACCUGCCUGGCUCUCGCAUCACAUCCUCCCAUUUUGAUACCAAGGUCAGGGCCCUCGCAAGGAAGUACCUGUAGUACGCAGGCAUGGAGGUUUUAUAAGCCAAUGUAGAAGCAGGCAGCAGAGGAGGCAAAAUUCAUUGUUCUGGCGCCAUCGUCCCGUGUCCUUGUUGCUCGGACUCUUUGAGAAAUGCUGAAAUGGAAUGUUGUUUGGCUUAUUGCACAUCACACAAGUCCGAGCUUCCUGUAAUUUUUCUUGGCUUUGGUUUGUGUUACGAGCUAUAUAUGGACCAUUGUUCCGAACCAAAUGGCUUAUGAACUGUAACUUUUGAGAAUUUACUCCUUGAUUAGGCAGUUCAAAUCUGAAUGGAUCGUGUUGUACAUGGCAGAUCUCUAAAAGGGUGAGCAUGGAAGCAUUACUCUGAUU